AUGCGUAUAAUCACUGCCACCUUACUGUUUGGGUUCGCCAUUCUCACUCAUGCUCAAAGAUUUGUUCGUUUCAUUGCCACCGAUGGCAAAGAGUACACGGGCGACGCCAUCUUGAACAACGAUGACACCGAUACCUCUCACUCAAAGCAGGCGCAUGUGAUCACUGGUGACAUCUUGGGCGACUUUAAAAUCACCAAACAAGUCAAGAACUCUUCUGUCGCCACUGGCGCCCGAGAGGACACGCACUGUAAGAAUUUCGGUACUGCAAAUGUCUGGGAGGGCUUAACGAACGACCAGCCUUGGACAUCCCUUGCGGCCCCCAAUGGACCUGUGCCUGUCACCUCCGGAUACCAAAACCAGACAACAAAUGGGACCUUUUUCGUUAGUAGUAUGGAUUACGAGAGCGAGCUCGUAGUUGUCAUCAAGUCCAAGGCGUUCAAUAUCACCGAAGACCAGGCUUUAGACCAUGUUUUAGGGUACGCUGCUGGGUACGACGUGUCCCAUCGUGGAUGGCAGAUUGACCGUGGUGGGCAGCCGCAACCUCAAUUCUCGAUGGGCAAGGACGCCGAUGGUUGGGCUCCAUGGGGACCUGCAAUCGUCUCAAAGAGCCUCAUUCCGGAUCCCCAGGCUCUGAGCAUAUGGGCUAAAGUCAAUGGCGUAACGAUGCAGAACGACACGACCGCAAACAUGAUUUUCGGAGUCGCGCAACUCGUCAGCUUCUUCUCGAUGGGCAUCACCUUGUGGCCCGGCGACAUCAUAUUCACCGGCACACCAAGUGGCGUGCAAUUGGGGAAAGCAAACCCUGUUUGGCUUACCAAUGGCGACGUGGUUGAGGUCUCCCUUCCGUGA